AUGGCGGAGCGCGGCACCCCAGCAACCCGCUUCCUGCACCGCUUCCGGCCAGCCAUCCCCAGCUUUUUGAGCAGCACCGCUGGCGGCGGCAGGUUCCGGCCCACCAGCAGCCGCUACUCGGGGGAGGGCAUCCGUGGGGCGCCCACCGAGACGGUUGUGGGUGGUGGAUAUGGGUAUGCUCGAGGUGUGGGCGGUAUGGGUGGUGUGAACGAGAAUGAGGUGCUGGAGAGCCCCAAGUCGCCCGAAUUCCGCAUCGGAGAGCAGGCCCUGCCCUCCACCAGGCUGCAUCUGCCUAACUUGGCCAGGACCUGGAGUCAGGGGUCCAACGGUCCGCCUACGCGGCCUGGUACGGGUUGGGCAGGGGCAGCAGGUAUUACCCCGCCAGAGCCGGCCGUGCAUGCCGAGAGGGUACGUGAAGGUUCUUCAGGGUCUCGAUCAUCUGGGUCUGGGUCGCGUUCGCGAGAGGAAAGACGGGAGCGGAGGAGACGGCGCGGCCAUCGCAGGGAAGGGAGCAGCGGGUCGCAUCGCUCGCGUCGGUCGGGGCAUCGGUCACAUGGGUCGCGGGAGGAGGGGAGCAGCCACAGAUCGCGGCGAGAGCGGGAGAGGCGGAGGAGACGGCGAGGGGACCGCGGAAGCAGUGGAGGAUCGGAACGCAGUGAGCGUCGGCGUCGGCCGCCGCCAAAGAAUUUCCUCUUUUGUUUCCCCUGGAUCAAAUCGCGCCGGAUCCGCUCGCAGAUUUUGCGAUGCUUCGUCUCGGGGGUAUUUCUUGCGCUGACCUUGGCAGUCUACCUCACCCUCUCAAUCACCAAGAACAUUAACAGCAACGAGUUCACGAUACUCCUCAUCCUCAUCAUCUUGGCUGUUACUAUUUUCUUUUGCCACGGGCUUAUACGACUGUGCAUGCUGGUUGUCAAGGAGCGGAAGCGGGAGCAGGCGAGGCAGCAGGGGCAGCUCCCCGAGAUGCAGGGCAGCGGAGGUUAUGCUGUUCCACGAGAGCCCAUCCCAGUGGUGCUGGCGCGCGACGAGGAAGCUGCCGGCAUCGAGAGCGAAGCUACCAAGAUCAGCCCUCCCGCGUACGGUGUGUGGCGCGAGAGUGUGGUAUGUAUUGGGGCGGCUUAA